AUGAGGUUGUCACUACGUAUCGGUGUGGCUGCCGCACUCAUUGUCCUGGGCUUUAUCCUGCUCAAGCGCAAUUUCAAGACCGAGGGCGAUUCACUUAAAGAUCUAUGGCACUUCGACACAGGUUCAUUCCGCGCAAAUUUACAUCCCAAACACAACCAAGAUACCGGCGGUCGGCGCAAAUGGCGCGUAGCAUCGGACAAUAAGCCGGCCCUGGUCUACCAUAACACCGACAUUGUGGUCCCCAAUUCAGGUGCCAUUGUAAUGGCCAAGCGGAAGGAAGAAAACACCGCCUGGGUCUCAGCAGAGCUGUCAGAAUGGCGCAGCAUAAUUUACACCGUGGACGAUGUUAAUGCCCCGAUGCACACCCCAAAGAACAAGGGUCGCGAAUCUCUCCCCUACCUCCAAUACAUCGUCGACCACUACAAUGAACUCCCCGACGUGGUCGUUUUCCUACACAGUCACCGCGACGGCAUGAUCGCCGGUUGGCACAUCGACACGAUGGAAUUCAGCAACGUGGACUCAGUGCGCGCAUUGCGCAAAGAUUUCGUGAAAGAGGCAGGUUUCGUCAGCUUGCGCUGCCAAUUGAGCCCGGGAUGCCCCGUUGCUAUUCAACCGUUCCGUCAACCUCCCAUCCCCGAAAGCCCCGGCGAGGCACAUUACGCGACUGCUUGGAAAGCGCUGUUCCCGAAUGAUCCCGUCCCGCGUGAGGUUGCCGCGCCGUGUUGCUCCCAGUUCGCCGUUUCCCGAGAGCAGGUCCUCAAGCGACCUCUCAGUGAUUACCAGCGCAUGUACGACUGGGUGAUGAACAAUGACCUGGCAGAUGAGGCCACCUCAAAUAUUAUGGAAUACACCUGGCACAUUAUCUUUGGCAAGGAUCCUGUCUUCUGCCCGGAUAUGUACCAAUGCUACGGAGACGUGUACGGCGAGGAAGUUAUCUUCCAGUGA